AACAUACCCUGGUGACUGUCAAAAUAAUAACGAACGCAACGCGCUGUGCGAUGUUUUUGUAAAAAUAUAAUUUUAUAUUUAUUUUAUGAAGAAGUUCUAGUAAGAAGUUAAAGAAUGGUGUACGUCUAUAAAAACUGGGCGGCCGUGAACAUCCAGUGCCAAAAACGGUUGUUCUGAGAAUCGCUUUUGUGUAACGGGCGUUUACAAAACGUCAAGUGGGCUUGAAUGAGUCAAUUAUUACACUGGUGGUACACAAUGGAGAGGCAGUGUUACAUAUUUGUAUUAUUGUUGAUGUACUCGUGGGGCUGCAGCGGCGACCGCGGUGACUACAUCGGCUGCUACAAGCUGAUGGUGGAGAAUGUGCUGAACACUCACACGGGCCAAUCCGUGGACGUCUGCUUGUCGGCGUGUGAGCAAGUUUACUACAAGUACGCUAUCAUAGGUAAUGAGUCGACGUGUUUCUGCGGGAAUACGCCCGGUUCAUUCCAGCUACCUUUAGAUAGUUGUACCACAAAGUGCCCUAAGAAUGAUACUCAGAUAUGUGGAGGAGCGAACGCCGCCAGCGUCUAUGACACAGAGGUGCUCUCCCCAGGUCCCCCUGCUUCAAUUAAUGUCACCAAUGUUACAGAAACUACAGUAAGAGUUCGCUGGACUGCACCUGAGGCAUAUUUUUCAAUAUCUGGUUAUGUAAUUAGGGCUAUUGUUGUUGAGACAUACACAGACGUUGCUCUCAUAGAUCUUGAAUGGAGAGUGUCAAACAAAACUUUCUACACUGAGCUACUAAACCUGCAGCCAGGGUCUAAGUAUCAGAUUGGAGUGGUGGCAGUUAAUAAUGGUUUUGAGGGUCCCAACAUUACAACUACAAUAGAGACUAUAAUUGGAACUCCAGACCCCAGCCCACCUGACAUAGAGAUCAGAGAGAGGAGAGGUGACAGGAUGGUGGUACAUAUCCCUCAAGCCAGAAAUGUUAAUGGACCAGUGUCCAUGUACAGGAUUGUGGUCUCCAUUGAGCUGUACCAGCAAGGAUUUAUUGUGGAUACCCUUGGCAACCACACGUAUGCUACAGCCAAUGGUCUACCGUACUACAUCACAGCUGAGCUAGACCCUGAUGACAUUAAGCAUGACUUCAUCAUUGGAGACAGACAUACUUACAACGGGUUCUACAACGCCCCCCUGCCACUCACCAAUGACAUAGACGUGUCCCUUGGAGUUGUCAGUGAAAAAAAUCUUGUCAAAAGGAUCAGAUAUGCAGAAUCAACUAAGAAAAUUAUUUUAAACAUUAACGAACCAGAGGAAACUUCCCCAAUGGUUAUAGCCCUUGGAGCAGCAAUUGCCAUCAGUGUGGUUCUACUUCUUAUUGGUAUAGGACUGCUUAUCAUCAUGAGGAAGAGGAUACAGCUGGUGAGAGCUCAGAGAGGCUCCCAGUCCAUGCCUCUGAGUCUGAGUGAGCCGUGCAUGGAGAUAGAGAACUCGGGCUUUAUCCAAGAGGAAGAUGAAAGAGUAGACUAUUACAGCAACUUGAAAAGAAAGCUGUGGAAUAUCCCUAGGAAUCUCAUAGAUAUUGAUAUUUCUUGCAUUGUUGGUGUGGGCAGCUAUGGUAAAUUUACAAGGGGAAAGGUGCAACAACAUGGGGCACAAACCCCAGGGCUUGUGCAAGUGGUGGCUGACCGGGAGCUGGAGAGACCUGACAAGAAGCAGAUGUUGCAAGAAUUGGACCAGCUCAUCAAGUCAAGUGAACAUGAGAAUGUGAUCUCUCUGAUAGGCUUUUGUGAAACUAACACAACAUUAUUUGUGGUCCUAGAAGAUAGCAAACAUAGCUUGAAAGAUAUGCUGCUUCAGAGCAGGCACAGAGAUCUUCAGAAUAACAAGUUCUGUCUGAUACCUGAAAACAGAAUGCUUCAGUACUUUAUAGAUAUAGCUAGAGGCAUGGAAUACUUGCACAGUAAGAAAAUUUUACACAAACGCCUCAGCUGUCGCAACAUCGCGCUCGGCGAUAACGGCAUCGCGAAAAUCUCAGGUUUUGGGUUAUCUCACAUGAGACCCCUGCAUGAGACUCCUGACUACACCAGGUGGACCUCCCACGAGAUGCUGCGACAGACGAGGUUCAACCCUAAGGCGGAUGUAUGGUCUUUUGGCAUCCUCAUGUGGGAGGCGCUGACAAUAGGCGCGACUCCGUACUUCCACAGCGCUAAUAAAGACGUAGCGGCUCGAAUCCUGCGCGGCAUGCGACCCUCGCAGCCGUCGUACGUGGGCGACGAGCUCUUCCAGCUGUGCCUGCAGUGCUGGCAGGUAGACCCUGAUGAGAGGCCGGCCUUCCCAGGCCUAGUUCAGGAACUGAAGCCUUUUGCCGAAGCUCCCGGCUGCAGGAGUCUUAGCUUUACCCACUACAAUGGAUUCAAUUACGAACCGCACGUACCACAAUACGAAAUCGUCUCAUAGUAUUAAGCAACUAACCAAAAUGUAUUUUAUUCAAUCCAAAGAGUUAUAUUUUAUACUCGGAUGAUAGAUGACGUCGCAACUGGCGCAAAGAGCAAUAUUGUACCAUUAAGGCAUUGAUAAUGUUAGAAUUCCAAUAACAUAAUCAUUUUCGAGCAUUUUAUUACUAUGUAUUAAGUAUUGUUUGUAUCUUCUCGUGUUAACGUCGGGGCGGCUAGCGGUUGUAGUCAUGCGGAACAAAUGAUCACGCACUAUCGACCGCUCACCGUUCAUAAACUAACGGCUGGUUGCAUCAAAUAAAACUAACCUAUUUUUUACUAAUUUUACAAUAGAUUAAAAUAAUAAGCACAUCUUAACGCCAUGUGUUCAAUGUGUGCAUCAUAUUUGGUACAACUGGCUGUUGAUAUGAAUCCCUGUAAUUAUGUGCUCUUUUAAUACAAAAUGACAGCUAAUUAUAGGUUUUUAGAUUCUACAAAAGAUUUUUCUCAAGUAGGUUUUCUACGACUAUUCUAACAAUAUUAACUUAUUCAUUUUAUACUUAAGUAUUACACUUGUAAACUAAGUAAGAUAGUUCAUAACUGUACUAACCAAGAUAUUCAAAUAGCAAUAUGUAUGUCUAGAACAGGCGCCAAUUUAGGUGGCUAUCCUCCAACAGUGUUACCUUUUUCGUAACAUAAACUUAACUUUAGUCAUAACUUAGCUAGUACUAUUGAAGACUUCAAUAUAUUUAAGAAAAAUAUCGAAGUGUUGGAACAAUUUGAAGGCAAUCUCAAGAAAUAUGGUUAUGGCCUAUGUGUUUAAGCUAUACAUAUAUCACUAAUAACAUAAUACAGAACUGAUUUAAAUUUGGCACAAAGUGGGUAGAAUAUGCCAAUUAUCAAAAAGCGAAAUUCUGACCAGUGAUUUAGCAUGAUUGCUUCUAAAAUACAUGGUGAAUUAAGCGAUUAAUGAAACCGAUAAUUCAUACGAUUCUCAAGAAUUUUAUUGUUUUUAAUUCGACGCGCGCCACCUACUAGAUGAUCUUUCUUCGGCCAAUGCAUUUGUGUUGGAGUAUUAAAUGGUAUCGAUCGAUAGCUUAGGUUAAUAUUAUGUAUAAGUAAAAAAAAUAAGUGUAAAUAAGUCAAGCAAUAUAUUUUCCAAUUUAGUUAAUUUUAUACGUAAAUAUCAAAAUGUCAUCAAUAUCUUAAAUUUUAUAAGAGAGUCAGGAUACUUCUCUAAUGAUAAAAAAUGAAAUACAUUUUCUUUGAAAACAUUUCUGUAUCAAGUUCUAUUGCUUUUAUUAGGGAAAUACGAAGAAUCUCAUUAGCAUUUUUGGGAGUUUUUUUUUUGUUAUAUUUAUUAUUUUUGAUACGAGAUAUUACAUCACUAGAUGAUGCUUUUAUAAUAUUUUAAUGUUUUGCAAACUCUUCGAAUCUGAUAUUAUUGUGGCAGCUUGCAGCUUCUAUCCCAGUCUAGGUUUAUUCAUAGGGCUACGUCCAUUGAUGUUUUUUUAUUGACUACGACAUUAGAUCGUUCUACAUCCCUAGGCAUCUGAUACAGAUUUGCUUUUAGAACUACCUAUUAUCUACUCAUUGAAUUUCACGUGUACUUACUCUAAAAAGCAUCCAUGAGUUUUAGUUGUGUUUUAAUUAUUUAUAUACCUAUUACUUUGUCUUACAUAUUUUAUUUAGUUGCUAAGGUUUUUUUACUUAAUUAUUGUGUGAUCUGAAAGGAAAUCCGUCCAUUUCUUCGUAUUUUUGUACGAAAUGUAUUAUUUUGUGUGAACUAUUGUAAUGUAUCCAAGUGACAUUUUUGAUAAUAAAACGAUAGCUAACUUA